UGUGUGUGUGUGUGUGUGUGUGUGUGUGUGUGUGUGGCAUGUGUGUGUGUGUGUUUGUGUUUGUGUGUGUCUGUGCAAACAAUGGCAGCCUGCCAGCAGGGCUUGCAGCUGCUGUGUUGAGCAGCAGGCUGCCAGACACACUUCACCAUCCCCCCCUCCCUCUCUCACCCGCUGACCCCUGACCUCUCACCUCCUCACCCCUCCUCUCUAACUUUCUCUUUUUGUUCUUCCUUUGUGGUCGCAGGACAAAAUGAUGCUGUCUUUAUUUCUCUUCUGUGUGUGUGUGUGUGUGUGUGUGUGUGUGUGUGUGUGUGUGUGUGUGUGUGUGCGUGUGCGUGUGUGUGUGUUUGUGGCAGUGGGGUCAGAGGAUAUCUGGUCAUGUCCCAGUUUCCUCCAGUGAAAGAACUGUUCGUCAUAUUAACGUGGUUACACAAGAUCUUGUAGUGCACACAACCUAACACAACUUUGUAGAGGAUGCAGCGCUCCUUAAAUGCAAAUCCAUGGAGUGGGGAAAGGAGGGGGAGUCAGAAAUAUCUCUGUAUUCAUUUCUGAACCUGUCAUUGUAGGCAAAGUUAGUUAGCCUCAAGGUGUGCACUACAACAAAUACUGCCUCCAUCAGAAAUAUGAAUUCCCCAAAUAUAAUAAAGUAUCUUGUGUGUCUAGAGUCUAGUUACGUUGACACAGCAGCAGCAACCUCCCAUCAGGUACAUUUCAGUCAAAUGAAGGCUAAGGAAACAUGUGGUGUGACUUUAGUUAUGCACUGCUCACAUGCUUAGGUCUAGGGGCUCGGAUAGGGUGUGGUGGGGGGGAGGGUUGAUACACUGAUCUGAACUGUGCACUAAGAGGUCCCAGAACAUUUUGUACCUCAGAACUCUGUUUGAUCCAGGAGAAACACUAUAACCCAAAAUGAACUAUAACCUUCCAUUUAUUGAUGGACACGAUAGUCAUUGCCUUGCAAGAUGGAACGCCCUCCCUGACCACCUGAAGGCCCCACAGACUACAGCCGUUUAAAAACGACUUAUCUUUUUAAAAAAGCCUUUUGCUAAUUUCCCUUUUACUGUUUAUGCAUUAUAUGUUUGAACAACCCUUUUUAUUUUUUUUCCUCUCUCUUAAACUCUAGCACUUUGAGAUUUCUGAAUGCAAAGUGCUCUACAAAUUAAAGACAUUAUUAUUAUUAUUGUUAAGAUGUACACAGAGGAAGGUAGAGGCUUCGGGCUGUGACACAUUUACUCACAUCUGUCAUCAUUUGCAAUCAUCCUAACUUUACAAAGCCGUUCCUGAACACUGGAAAUAGCCGUCAGGGAGGAAACUGUUUUAACACGCUUCUCCUCCCUCUGUCUCAGUAGGAAGCCCUGGUAGGCGUGGCCACAGAGCUGUAAAUUCUCAGACCCGGGAGCGAGGGUGGUCCAGGUUAGUGAGGGAGAGGCGGAGCGCCAGACUGGAUGCGUGAGGCGGAUUCAUGGGCCUGAAGAACCAUCUGGACGAUGGGACAGGCUGCACGCUCUCCCUGGCGCUGGAUUUGGACUACCUCCAUGUGGAGAGCACCGAGCGCCUGGCUAGCCUGAGCACCGGAGCAGGCUCCGGGCAGCACGAGGUCUCGCAGGCUGGGGAGGAGGCUGUGAAGCUGGGAGCCGACAGCCGGGACCCCAGGAGCAGCAGUGACAGCGACAGCGGCAACAGCAGCUACAGCGGCAGUAGUACUGCCAGCAGUACUAGUUUAAUCAGUGACGGCAGCAGUAGUAACUGUAGUAACUGGUCUGAGGAGAGCGCUGUCUCAGACAGUGAGGAUGAGCAGGCCCACAAUGGGCCUGGUCCCGAAUUCCCCAAGCUUCCGAACCCUGACCCUGACCCGGACCCCGGACCUUGCACAGCCAAGAGCCCUGAGCAAUACCAAGACCGCGGGCCAACCCAGGCCCGGAAACAGUUCCCAGAGCCCGGGCCAAGCCAGGCCCAUAAACAGUUUCUGGACUCUGUGCCAACUGAGAUCCCUCCCCCUGCAGACCCAGGCCUGGCCCUGCGCUCCAAGGUGGACUUUGCUCUGAAGCUGGGCUACUCUGAGGACCUGGUCCUGCAGGUGCUCGGGAAACUUGGUCCCCAGGCACUCAUCAACGAUAUCCUAGGAGAGCUGGUCAAACUCGGGCCCCAGAUCGACAUGGAGCCUGCAUCGGCUGCAGGCUCCUCAGGUUCCCUGUUCUCCUCGCCCUCGCCCUUCUCCUCUACCUCCUCCCUGGACUCCUUCAGGACCUCCUGCUCCUUCCAGCAGCCGGACGACAAGGAGAACCUCCGCCCUGUGGUCUUGGAUGGGAGUAACGUAGCCAUGAGUCAUGGAAACAAGGAGGUGUUCUCCUGCCAGGGUAUCCAGCUAGCUGUUGAUUGGUUCCUGGAACGAGGUCAUCGUGACAUCACAGUAUUUGUACCGGCCUGGCGCAAGGAGCAGUCACGGCCCGACGCCCCGAUCACAGACCAGGAGAUCCUGCGUCGCCUUGAGAAGGAGAAGAUAUUGGUCUUCACGCCUUCUCGUCGUGUGCAGGGCCGGCGAGUGGUCUGCUACGAUGACCGCUUCAUCGUCAAGCUGGCUUACGAGUCAGAGGGCAUUAUCGUCUCCAACGACAACUACCGCGACCUGGCCAACGAGAAACCGGAGUGGAAGAGGUUUAUCGACGAGCGGCUGUUGAUGUACUCCUUCGUAAACGACAAAUUCAUGCCUCCCGAUGACCCGCUGGGACGCCAUGGGCCCAGUCUGGACAACUUCCUGCGAAAGAGGCCCGUCCUCCCCGACCACAGGCAACAGCCAUGUCCCUAUGGAAAGAAAUGUACUUACGGCCAUAAGUGUAAGUUCUACCACCCGGAACGGGGCAGCCUGCCUCAGAGAGCGGUGGCCGACGAGCUACGUGCCAGCGCGAAGAGUUCCUCCUCAGCCUCCAAGAACACCACGGGCACACCUCCAAGCCUCCCCAGCAGCCAAAGAGAAGCCGUCUCGGACACGGUGCCUUCCAGAGAACCUCCAAAGAAACCGUCAGAUCACAGAAGCUUCUCCCUGAGCGACCUCUUGGACGAGCAGCUUGGCGUGCGGACCAAGGUGGACAGCCGGCGGGGCAGCAGCAGCAGCAGCACCUGCAGCGGAAGUAGCCUCCUGGGGCUUCCUGCUCCGGGGGGCCCUCCUUCGUAUGUUAGCCAGGACAGGUGGGACCACCCCGGGAGAGGAGGUGGUGGAAGCUCCAGAGCUGUGGGAGCCUCGGGUCCGAGCCACUUCAGAACGUAUCCCAGGUGCGAGUCCCCAGAGCCGGCCUACAGCUCCCUGGGGAGGGCCUACUCCAGCCUGAGUGUGGCGGUACCAAAGACCCCCGAGCGGUUCUCCCCGGCCGACCUGCGCGCUGGCUCGCUGCCGUCGGAAUGCGGCAGCGAUGGCAAUGUCAGCUCCGACUCUUUCUCGCCGGACCCGGUGCUGGAGGACUGCCUGAAGUGCUCCCAACACCACCACCCCCCCCACCACUACCCGCACCACCACUGCCCCAGGAGGUACGCUCACUUUAGCGGCCGACUGUCCCCAGAGAAGAACCCGACCAUGGCCUACUCCCUGCCUCAGCCGCUGCGUAGGCCGGCCGCUCCUUAUGCCCUGGACGACUCCAACUCGGCUCACCCCUCUUGCUCCCAGCUGCUCUUCAGUCCUCCGUUACCCUAUCGGCCCCCACUCCAGCACCGGGCACUGGGCAGUCAUCUGGGGGGGUUCCCUGGAGAGUACACCCUACCUCCUCCCACGCCACGCCAGACCUCCUCCGUUCACGGCACUCCAAGUCGGGAUGUCCUGCGUUGUCCGUGGCAGGAUAGUCGGCUCCCAGACCAGAGCUUGUACGAGGGCCCUCCCACUCUCUCACGAGCAGGGUACCCUGGGAUAAACCGGCUGCCUCCACACCCCCAACACCACCAGCAGCAGGAGCAUCUGGCGAGCUGGAGCCCCCACUACCAGCAGCAGCCCCCCCACCCUCGCUACGAGCAGACUCCCUUCCAUAGUUUCCCGGAGGCCCGAGAGGACGCUUGGGCCUCGCAGUGGGGGAGGUGCACCCACCCGUCUCCUCGCCGUCUCCCACCAGCCCAGCAGAGCCAGACCCUGUCCCCCGCCGUCUCCCUUCACUACGGCCACCAGAGCCCGGCUACGCCCCGCCAGGAGCCCCCCGGUUUGGGGGUCCAGUACCCGGACCUGAGGGAGAAGGUGUUUACCAACCUGUGUAACAUCUUCCCCCAGGAGGCGGUGAGGGCGGUGAUGGGGAGGAACCCCCACGUCACCGAUGCUCAGCAGCUAGCCGCGGUUUUACUGAUGGAGAAGACGCAGCAAGGUUACUGAGCACGUGCAGUGGGGACUUGGAGUCGAGGCUUGCUCAUGACCUGGGAUGAUGGGGUUAUGGAAGACUUGCUUUUGCAACGGUUUUGGUUGAUCACAUAGGGGCGAAGGGAAUUAUUUUCCUCUAAACGUUUUCUUUGGUUGACAAAAAUUUGAGUUUAAUAAGAACUGUUCCUGGACUGUUGGCCUGGACGAAGGACAAGGCUUGUCCACCUUCAUUGAGAUUAAACUGCUCUUUCUAUCCCUACCAAAGCAUUUGAAUCUCCAUGUCGUAAAAUAAUACUUACUUAAGAGAUUAAAUCCUUUUUAUUCUUUUGUAAGGGUUCUAAAGCUUAUUGCUACUUCAAGGAAAUAUUGACACGGUUCUGAAAGAAGUAGAUGGUAUCUUUAUUAUAAGAAGUGGGUUUUCACACAAGGGCAUCUCAGAGAUAAUUUUAUUCUAUACAUUUAUUUGUCUAGUCUCCUGGUUCCACGGGUACCAAAUUGUGGACUUCAAGUCUCAUGAGUUUGUCUUGCUAGGCUAGCUGGUUUAGAAAACAUCCCAAUAGGGACUGGUUGCUCUUUAAUUAAUUUAUUACAUUUAAUUUAUUUUCUAUAAUUUAAGAAAAAUGUAUAUUUUUGUGUUCUGGCACUUUUUUUAUCAUAUUUUUGCUCUAGCUUUUUAUCAUUUUUGGCAAUCAAAUCAGGGUGGGAGGAAUGCUCCAUUUUAUUUAAAGAAAUGUGCACCGAGAUAUUUCGCUUCAUGUCUCUUGUCGUUUUUACGUUAUAUUAUGGUUUUGUUCGAUAUUUGUGAUGUGUUUUUAGAUGCCCCGCUGGUGGGUAAUAAAACGGAGGCAGCUUUUAAACAAAACUUCAGUCAGAAUGUUUCCCGUCUGUAUCCAUCUUGGGCUGACCACCCCUACAGCCAUUUUGAAAUCACCUUAAAGUUUAUCCCCAUUAGCAGAUCCCCCGUUUUGGAUUUAUUAAGUACAUCUGAAUUGAAAAAGUACAGGUGAUUGAAAACUAUUAUUUAUUUAAAAAUUAUGUUUAACUUUUGUGUUAAUUUAUUAUUGUCCAUUUGUUCAGUUUGAGACCCUGCAAGGUUCAUUUGUGCUCAUGGUUUAAGCUUUUUGCUGAAUGGUUUGGGAUUCUAAUCCCUGUUCCAAGAUUCUGGGUUUGAUCCCCAUUUAUGUCCCAAAGUCUGGUGUAUUAUCUUUAUCAUACACCGUCCUUUGAGUCACAUAGACCCGCAGAUCUUUGGCUAACAAAUCCCAAAUGUCCUCAGACCACGUGCCGUCUUAACUCGCUAUCCCCUACCUGCUUCUUAAUGACCUGUCUCUGUAUUCACUGUCUAACCCCUACCUGCUCCUUAAUGACCUGUCACUGUAUUCACUGUCUUACCCCUACCUGAUCCUAAAUUACCUUGUCUCUGUAUCCAUCGUCUAACCCCUACCUGAUCCUAAAUUACCUUGUCUCUGUAUCCAUUGUCUAACCCCUACCUGAUCCUAAAUUACCUUGUCUCUGUAUCCAUUGUCUAACCCCUACCUGAUCCUAAAUUACCUUGUCUCUGUAUCCAUCGUCUAACCCCUACCUGAUCCUAAAUUACCUUGUCUCUGUAUCCAUUGUCUAACCCCUACCUGAUCCUAAAUUACCUUGUCUCUGUAUCCAUCGUCUAACCCCUACCUGAUCCUAAAUUACCUUGUCUCUGUAUCCAUCGUCUAACCCCUACCUGAUCCUAAAUUACCUUGUCUCUGUAUCCAUCGUCUAACCCCUACCUGAUCCUAAAUUACCUGUCGCUAUGGUCCAACCCCUGCCCCCUCCCUGCCUGCCUGCUAUUGACCUAGUGUCUGUAUCCACUGUAUAACCCAUACCUGCUCCUUAACGAUCUGUCUCUGUACGGUGUAGCCCAUAACUGCUCUUUAAUGAUCUGUCUCUGUACUGUCUAACCCCUACGUAUUCCUUAAGGAUCUGCCUCUACUGUCUAACCCCAGGUUGAAAUAGGGUGCCCUCUCUCGUACCUCUGUACCUCCGGCUCCUCAGUAUUUGGACCAACCCAAGCAAGCGAUGGAAGCCUUAUGUUGUUGAUACAAAUUGUAUCCUUAUAACUUAAAUCCAGAUCAUUGAUUUAUCAGAGUAUUUAUGCAACUAAAUAUUUUUUUAAAUAUGUUGAAAACUGUUGGA